CAGAUCAUCAACGAAGGUAGCAGCUGUCACUUCGUCUGUGAGAAGAGAGUUUUUUGGUGCGGAAAAUUCUGUGUUUUUCGGCGUUGUUCCUGCUGCUCCACGGAAGAAUCGGUCAUUUUGUGCUUCUAGUGCUCCGGAAUUCAACAAGUCACCUACGCCCUCCCCCACCCACACACAAUGGAUGACGGCCGGGAAGAGCAUCAGUUCGUCGUGGACGACGUGAGCAAAAUCAUCAAGGAAGCGAUCGAGACCACCAUCGGCGGCAACGCGUACCAGCACGACAAGGUAAACAACUGGACCGGCUCGGUGGUGGAGACGUGCCUGAGCGUGCUGACCAAGCUGCAGAAGCCGUACAAGUACAUUGUCACCUGUAUGAUCAUGCAGAAGAACGGCGCCGGUCUGCACACGGCCAGCUCCUGCUUCUGGAACAACGAAACGGACGGCUCCUGCACGGUGCGCUGGGAGAACAAGACGAUGUACUGCAUCGUGUCGGUGUUUGGGCUGUCGAUCUAAGGAUUAUCGCUAUUUUUUUUAUUUAUGUCCUAGUUUGUUUGUGCGGUUGGAAUGAUAAUAAUAUAUGAUACACGGAAAAAAACACACAAACACAGCAGAGAGAUCAGACACACCUACACAGAGACAUUCUAAACUUACAAUUGUAAAACGAUAUCAUCACUAUUUAUAUAUAUUCCAACAGAAAACCGAGAAAAAAACAAACAAAAAUUUUCAACUUAACAUAGUUUUUAAUUUUAAAUCUUAUUGACGCUUUCGUCCGUUUGUUUUUCUAAAGAGUUUAGCAAUUAGUGACACACCGAAUGAAAUUAAUCGAGUCUGUUAUGAGUUAAACAGCUAAAUUCUAUGUAUUUUUUGGUACAGUAAACGAGACGCUUUGAGACGGGUUAAGAGAUCUUGUUUGAAUUUGUCACCCUGCUUUUAAAAACAAAACACUUCAAUUAUCGUGUAAGCAGUUUUUGUUACCGAGAAAAAAAAAUAUCCAUAAAAUUUCCCUCCCCCUUCUUCUUCCUACUUAAAGUUACACACUAGCAAGCUUCGUUUGGAAGUCCCUUAAACAAUUAACUGUUUUUAGCGCUUAGACAAGAAAAAAAAUUGAAUAAUCUAGGAACGACUAUGAAAGUGUGUGGGGCGAACGAAAAUGUGUGCGUGUGAAUGGAGCCAAAAGAUGGGGUAAAUCGUAACGCGCAAAGAGGUUAACAAUAAUGAACAAGAGAAAAAAUAAUUGCUGCUGGUUCGAGAUGAGCUAAGCUGAAUUUUCGAGAAAUUCUCGUGGUUUUUGCAUGAAGGCGUAAGUAAGUGAACGAUGAGAACGCGUUGAUAUCAAAAUAAAGUGUAACUUGUAGGGUUUAUUAAUUAA